AUGCGCAUCUACCCCACUGAAACCAGGCACGAGCUGUGCUUAUGGAAUCCAAUCGACAUGCAGAACUGCAUCGGCAACUGCAAACCAAGUUGGGCACUCGUCAGGCACAAGGGAGCUUCUCCAUACCAGCGAAAAGGCAAUGUUCCAGCCCGCUUCGGCGAGCGCUCUCUUCAACAUCGGUGGAGGCGAGUAUCUUCGAUGCGCACCGCAUGCCAUACGCUGACUUCAGCAAAGAGCAGUACCUCGGAAUCAACGAGCACAGAAGAGCUCAAGACGUCGCUCAAUCUCCUUGUGGCUGAGCCGCCAGUAUCAUGCUUCUUCGCGAUGGCGCUUGGCAAGGUCCUUUGCCACGCACUCGGCCAUCGCGUCUCCUGCUCGCCCGCCGACGUAGAUCCACAAUGGAUCGACGAUGCGUGCGACAGCCUGCGGGAAGCAGGCGCCGACAAAUGUCGCGUCGAGCUGGUUGCUAGGCGGCUCCGCGCACUUGCAAUGGCCCAUCUGCCUGCUCUCAUGUUGGAUGUGAUUCAGAAUGUUGGAGAAUUGGAGUCCUUCCUUGCAACGAUGAAACAGCAAUGGCGCGAAGCUCAUCCAACUCUAUGCGCUGAAUCAUCAAUGCAUCCUCAGCCUAUGGUGAAGAAAGCUGCAACUGAGCGGAGCGCGAGUCCGGCUCACUCGUCGUGGAAGGGAAAGGAGACUGCAGCCUCACCAGACCACGCACCAGCCAAGUUUCAACCUCGGAAUGACUUCGACCCAGUGCUCUUCGCCGCCUCCGAUCAAGGCCAGCGACAAGUCCUCGCGCGGAAAUGUUUUUCUCUUCCGAUCGAGCUCUUCUUCUACCACGUGCGCCGAGCACUGCGGCCUGAACACGACCCGUCUAGCGAGCAGAUGAGCUUGAUCUGGUCCAAGUUGACCGAACAGCAAACAGUACAGUGGCAGGAUCUAUUCGACCAAUUGUACAGCGGUGACACUGCCGCUGCCGAGAGCGCUGGAACUCAACUUCUGGUUGAGCACGAAGUGUUGCAGAAAUUGAAGCCCACGACUACGAAUCUUUCGUCGCAGGAGUUGCCGCAUCGCAGUCCUGAGACAGCGCUCCUCUCGAAGCAGUCAGCGCAAGGUCAUGAACACCCGCUUGCACGGCCUGCAAUGCGCUCGACGGCUCGAGCGUCACGUCAAGGAGCUACAAAGAGUCCUUACUUCUGA